AUGACUUCCAGCAUUACAACAUGUACAGUACACUGGAGCUGCAUCCAACCAGUGACACCAGCUGACGCCCUUUCCUCUCUCCAGGCAAUAUCGACAGUGAUGAUCAAGACGGGCGCAGCGGCAGUGACUGUAGUGGCACUGGCACUGUUGGCGAUCCAGGAGAGCAGUGCCACGCCGCUUCCUGUCCGGGUGUCAGCGAAGGCGAGCUACAAGGAGAGGCUGGCGGCGGCGCGCGAGCUCCUUCGGGAAUCACCGCUCAUCGACGGCCACAACGACCUGGCAUGGAACCUGCGCAUGUUCCUGCACAACAAACUCCACUCCUUCAACCUGUCAGCCGACCUCGCGCAGGAGAAACCCUGGAUGAAAUCUCCCUUCUCGCACACGGACCUGCCUCGUCUGCGCAGAGGUCACGUGGCAGCACAGUUCUGGUCGGUGUACGUGCCGUGUGAGUCGCAGUACCUGAACACCGUGCAGCUUCUGAUGGAACAGAUCGACGUCAUCAAACGCAUGAUCGCCGCCAGCCCCGAGGAAACGACGCUGGUCACCUCCCCAGCAGGUAUCGAGGCUGAAUUUCACAACGGGCGUGUGGCGAGUCUCAUGGGCGUGGAAGGCGGCCACAGCUUAGCGAGCAGCAUGGGCGUUAUGAGGGCUCUGUACGAUCUGGGCGUCCGAUACAUUACCCUGACACACAAGUGCCAUACGCCAUGGGCUGAGUGUUCAGAGACGGGCGGACCGGCGGCAAAUUCCCGAGGUCUCACGCCCUAUGGCAAGGAGAUGAUCAGGGAGAUGAACCGACUCGGCAUGAUGGUCGAUCUCUCGCACUCGUCCACCAGCACCGUGAGAGACGCCAUAGAGACCUCCCUGGCGCCUGUUAUCUUCUCGCACUCCGCCGCCCGCGCUCUCUGCGAUAUUGAGAGGAAUGUUCCUGACGAUGUCCUCAGCUCUCUGGCAUCGAACGGAGGUCUUGUGAUGGUGAGUUUCUACAACGACUUCCUCACUUGCGGAAAGAAGGCGACCAUAAAAAACGUCAUUGAACACAUUAACCACAUAAGGUCCAUGGCCGGUGUCGACCACGUGGGCCUCGGGGCUGGUUACGACGGCAUAAACAGAACGGCAUUGGGCCUCGAAGACGUGUCCAAGUACCCUGAGUUAUUCGCCGAACUCCUCCGCGACGAAACGUGGUCUCUGCAGGACCUGAAGAAGCUCGCGGGAGUCAAUCUGCUGCGCGUGUUUCGGGAGGUGGAGCAGGUGAGAGAAAAAGCCGUGCAGGAGGCCCUGGAGGGGGAGACGCCCUCGGAGGACAUCAUCCCCAUCCACGACAUCGACGCCUACUGGCCCUGCAGGUACAAGUUCGCUAACGUCGACCUGGAGCGCUCGAGGAGAUGUAUAUUUGGGCUAAGAGUUCAAUUCUCGGUGUUACCUACGAGUAUCAGAAUUGUUAGAUAA